AUGGAACUAUUUAGAUCUGAGCUUUAUUAUAUAUUUGUAAGAAAUGAGUCAAGUUUAUGGUGGAAUCGCGUAACAGGGACAUUUUCGGUUCGAUCAGCUUGGGAUAUGUCUGAUAUCGAAGAUAUAGAAUGCUUGGGCAUUACGGAAGGUAUCAUUGGCAAAGUAGAACAUUCCAACAUAUAUGAACCACGCUUAAUGAUAAUAAAAGAGAGUAUCCCAGUGGGUCAAAUUUACUUUCAUCAUACUAUAUAUAAAAUAAAAUCAAUAUGUUUUCUGAAUAAGGGAGUAACAAAUCAAGAACUCGAAUUAUGCCCUUGCACAAAACAUAAUUCAUCAAUUUCUGUGGCAAGUUCAAAUAAAACAAUAAAUAAAAAAAUGGGUAGCCUGUUCGAAAAUUCUGCAUUCCUAAAUAAAACAGUUGGGGCUGUAAAAAAUGUUAGUAACACUAUCAAAACUACUACUCAGCAGGCUGCUACACAGGUAAAACACACUGUAAAGAAACAACGGGAUCCAAAGCUUGCUGAACGUUUUGAAAAACGACUCACAGAUGAACUGCAUAAAAUAUUUGAUGAUGCAGACAGCUUUUAUUAUUCACGCACCCUGGACCUGACAAACAGCUUACAACGACAGUACGAAAUUGAAAAAGUUCUAGAAACUGAAGAUGGAGGCGGGAAAGCUGUCACUGACAUAACAAGAUGGUGGAAACAUGUGGAUGAUAGAUUUUUCUGGAAUAAACACAUGUUGAGGGACAUCAUUGCUUUGGGCAGUCCAGACUGCGACCAAUGGAUCCUGCCUGUGAUCCAAGGAUAUGUCCACUUGUCCCAGAUUGCUGUGGACCCAGCUGACAGUAACCCUCUCAACAUUGAAUCCCUGUCUAGCACCAAUACCUGUGAUGAGACCUUCACCCUAGGUCUUAUAUCAAGGCGGUCUAGAUAUCAGGCUGGCACCAGGUAUAACCGACGCGGCAUCGAGCCCGGCGGCAAAGUGGCCAAUUACGUGGAAACAGAACAGAUUGUGUCUAUCAUCUGCUCCGACAGCAUUCAUAGAGCUUCCUUUGUUCAGGUGCGUGGUUCCGUCCCAAUAUUCUGGAGUCAGCCUGAUUACAAAUUCAGACCACCACCGCGUCUCGAUAGAGGGGAAGAAGAGACGUUCGCAGCCUUUAAGAAUCAUUUCGAAGAGGAACUGAAGAUCUACAAGCAAGUAUGCAUAGUAAACCUUGUGGAGCAACAAGGCCGGGAACGAGUUAUAUGGGAAGCGUACGGCAAUCACGUGCUCAAAUACAACAGCCCCGAUAUUAUUUACGCGACUUUCGACUUUCACGAGUAUUGCCGUGGCAUGCAUUACGAAAAUGUCAGCAUCCUGAUUAACGCGAUCGCCGACAUAAUUGGUGAAAUGCGUUUCUCUUGGCGGGACGACCGCGGUUUGAUCUGUAGUCAAAAUGGUGUCUUCCGUGUGAACUGCAUCGAUUGUCUCGACAGGACCAACGUAGUGCAGACGGCGAUAGCGAAAUACGUAUUGGAACUACAAUUAUGCAGGCUAGGUUUGGGAACUCCUGGCUGCGGGCUGCCACCAAUGCUUCGCAAUGCGUUCCUCACGAUGUGGGCAGACAAUGGCGAUGUGGUUUCAAGACAAUAUGCGGGCACUAAGGCGCUAAAGGGUGAUUACACGCGAACUGGAGAAAGGAAGUUCACGGGACUGAUGAAAGAUGGUGUUGCAUCUGCAAAUAGGUAUUAUCUAUCGACGUUUAAAGACGCGUUGCGACAAGUUGCUAUCGACGUGAUGACCGGCGAGUCUCGCGUUAUACCGGAGCAGCUCAUCGUGCCGGACUGCAGCCGCUGCACUUCCGUCAAGGACCAAUCGGAACCGGAUACCGCCGCGAUGGCUGAGCACGUAAAGUCUCUGAUUGAUGACUGCAAGAAACUACUCGUAGACACGGAACCAGUUCUAGGAUCGUGGGGACUCAUCGACGCCGAUCCACACACUGGCGAUCCACAAGAGACAGAGAUGGACAGCGUGAUGGUGCUAACAAGCGAUGCGUACUACGUAACCGAUUACGAUGAAACAUCCGAUCGUUUGCUGUCCGUACAACGUAUACCGCUGCGUGACGUCACUUCCGUCGAGUUGGGCACGCUGGAUAACAACUCUACGAUCUUUGGGGUUGGACGUAAAAAUAACAGCGAGCCGAUUUUCUGCAUCCGUAUAAACUACAACUACAACGGCGAGCCGGGCUACUUCCACAUGUUCCGGUCCACUUCGCUGCGAUUCUUCAACAACAUGGCGGUCGUUAUAAAUACGCGCGACGAAAUGAUCGAGUCAUUACAUUCCAUCUGCGAAUCUUUAAUAGUUGCCCGAGAUGUGGCCAAGUUGCCACCGAUGCCGUUCCACGACGGCGUCAAAUUGGAGAGGAAGAAAUCUAAGAUUCACGGCACAGCAUCGGGUGGGAUCACAGGUGGAGCUAGAUCGGCGUUGUAUUUAGACGUAUCUCGACUGCCUUCACUCACACGUAAUGUGAGCGAGACGCAACUAGUCGCGGAUAUACGCAGUGUUGGAUCCAAAGCCCUGAACAAUAUGACGGAACAGUUCAGCAAAUUGAAUAAACUAAGCCACUCGCUCAACGCGAAAGCUCGACCCAGCCUCCAAUUGAAAUUCGACCAAAGCGCCUCGCGGACCAAGAAAAUAUUCACCAUCGGACAAAACAAAAACGACAAGAAAAAAGGGAGCCUGUCAGAUGGAAUGAGCUCGGACUACUCCUCUGAAGACGAGAAUCGAACCAAUAUCUUCGAGCCGACUUUGGACAAUUUCGAAAACACCCAACAUUACAUUGGAAAAAGUUCCGGCGAGGAGAAAAAGGGCGAGACCGAAAACGACUGUGAACUAAUAGAGAAUCCCCUCUACUCGUCUAAAAUUGAACCGAAUGACGUUCCAGACAGCAUCCCUGGUGUAACGACAGACGUGACGGAAACUGCUGAGAGGCAAACGCUCAAGACACCCAGUAACAUAACAAAGCGGAACCCUUUCGAUACAGAUUCAUCUAAAAUGCCCGAGAUUCAAGUCGAUCCGGAUCAAACGAAACCAACACCGCCCAAUUCGUUGCUACUGUCGCAGAAACUGUCGCACAGUUCCAGCGAUAUAAACUACGACGACGAGCAAAGUGCACAAGAUGGGGUCAACUACCACGUCCGGUCAAAUUCACAGCACGAAAUCACUUUGAACAUCACACAGUCCCACAGUGAGUCAGCACUAAGGCAGCUAAAGAAUAUUGCGAGUCCAGUGUCUAGUGCUACGAAGGAAAUGGUACUUUCGCCAUUCUCGAAGCUGGCGAAAGGGGUGCAGACGUUAGGUGCUAACUUGGAUCCAAGGAAAAUAAAGGCUUCAAGUUCAGUGAAACAAAUCUCCGAGCAGCAGUAUGAGGAACAUAGAAAACUGCAAGAGAAAUGGUACGGUUGCAACACCCGCCUCAUCGCUCUGUAG